AUGAUCUGUAGUUACAGCUGCUUCCUGUGGGAGAAACGCUUCCACUACCACCCACCUCACAGCCCUGAGAACAGAAUGGGGAACGAGCCCCCGCACCCGGAGGGGCAGGUGGGCCCCGGCGGCCUCGAGGCGCGGAGACCGGGGCGAGCGGGCGGGCCUCCGCCGGGCCCCGUCCGAGACCCCGGGAGCCGAGGGCCGGGGUCACAGCGAGGCUGCGCCGGGGCCCGUCCUGAGGCCCGGGGGCGAGCGGCGCGCGGCGCGCGGACGGGCUCGGCGCCUGCGGGGCUGCGCGCUCGGCCGGCCGGCAGGGGGCGCGCGGAGCCUGCGUUCCGGGGGACGGCCGCCCGCGGGGGCCACGCGCCCGGAGCUGCAGGGGCGGGCGCGGGGCGGCGGCUGGGUGAGGACGCAGGCCGGCGUCAGAGCUGCGGCCCGCGAAGGGAGCCCGGCCUGAGGGCAGCGGAGGGCACUUGGGGGCCACCCCACCCCGGGCAGCGCCCGCCGGCUCUCGGCUCAGUCCGGCUCAUUCUUCCCGGCCGCCGCCUCGUGCUCCGGAGCUGGGGACCCGGGGGCGGGCAGGAGAGGCCUCGCUCGCCCAGGACCUGCUCGGGGACCCUACGCGCGCUGGUGAUCGAUCGUCGAGUCCCUAUCACAGGCCUCCUUGUGGUGAGGAAACAGCUGGGGACUAAGGAAAACUCGAGAUCCCAGCAGGGCAGAUUCGUCCUCCACCCCAGGGCCGUGUCUCUGCCUGCAGCCUGUGCCUGGAUUCCAUUUCCAGGCCGACUGCAGCUUGGAAUCAGCUGCGUCCAGUUGGAGCUGAGCUGGUUGGGGCCGGAUGGGACCACCGAUUCCCGAGCCUGGACUGCGCGAGGGCCCGCCCAGCGCCCUUUAGACCGUGCAGCGGCCUGUAGCCCAGCUACGCCUGCGCAGAAGGAGUCCCGCACCUUUCUCCAAUCGACAACUUUCCCGGCGCUCCCCACGCCCCAGGCAGCCCUGCUUCUUUAUUCGUUAUCGCGUAAAUACCCCGAGCCCCUUCACUUCCGGGACGCUAGAGCUGAGGUUUGCCCUCCCAUCUCCUGGCUUGGCCGCCUCGCCAACAGAACCGGGCGUCUCGGCGUUUGGCUUGCUGUGCACCAGCCAAGAGGAGCCUGGUUGGGUACCAACUGCACAGGGACACUGCAGCUCGGGACCGCUGACUCUGCUGCCGCCGCCUCUACCACUUUGCGGUUUGGAAACACCAGGUAACGUUGGCUUUAGGCAGAUUUUUCUCAUUUGGGGCUUCUCCGUGAAUGACACGCCUUGACCGGGUCUUGGGGCGUUCGGGGGGGGGCCCUGCAGCCCUCCCCUCACAGGGGCUGUUCCCUCCGCCGGGGCUCCCUGCUCCGAGCUGUUCACUGACACUUGAAGUGCAUGGUCCCUGCGGUUUCUGUGGCUCUUCUCUCGGGACAAGCAGUGUUCUUACAGGCGCUUCUUCUCAGGGAGUCUAACCAGGGCUGUUCACUGAGCGGUUGACUAGCGUCUGUAAAUGUGUCCGUCUGUGCCGAAAUCUGGUGAUGUAACUGUCUUCAGCAUUAGCGAGUAUAUGCCCCCUCUUCCAUGCUUCGUUUUAAGGUAUUAUUCCGAAGAGCUGCUGUUGUUUCCUGCGCUUCACUGAUCCCAGAGCAACGGUGUUGCUAGUUCUCCUGGGCUGUUGAAAUGAGCUUUACCAGCUGUGAAAAAGAGCUGUGAAUUGUGCCAUCUUGUCACCGGUUCUUAAACUCUGAUACUGUUGUAUCCACACUCAGAAAAUAACUUUGUUUCUUAUUAUAUACAGGCAGUGGCUUUCAAACGUUCAAGCGUUUUUCUGGGGAAAAUAGAUUGUGUGUGUGUGUGUGUGUGUGUGUGUG